UGUUGAAUAAAAAAAGAUGGAAAAAGCAGGAACAAAGUCUCUUACCUACGGAAGAAGAGACAACCCGCCACCAAAAUUGCGAGAUUUCAACAUCUCAAACAAUAGAGAAACCCACCAACAACUCGACACAUCUCCGGCUGAUAAACCCAUUAACAUAUACUCCACAUCUCCGGUCGAACAUGAAGUGGGAAUCUCCCUAGCCGUCUAUAGUCAAACAGUGAAAUCGAUGAAGGGAAACCCAAACAGAAGGUGAAUCGACGUUGCAAUCUAAACCCAAGGUGAAAUCGACGGUCACAACUCCUCCAAUUGCGGAACAUCAGCUGAAAACAAUUUUAUGAGCAUCUCCUUCAGUUGUAGAAUCUGCAGCAAACGUUCGGUAAGUGGGUAUUUUCAAUCUUCAUGCAAAACCUGGAUCUUCUGUCAAUUCGUAUUCUUCUAUGAAACAUAUCAACGAGAUUGUUCCUUCUUUGUUUUCUCAAAAUUUACAGCAAAAUUUAUGUAGAAUUUUGAACUCUGGCUGCCAAACAUCUAGCAAUUUAUUAAUCUCGACAUGAACUUCUAAGCUUUACUCUCUCUGGUAUUUUAUUCCACCAACAAAUAAUAUAAUGAACAAAAGAUAAAAGUCAAAAAACAUGCAAAUUUAAGUGGUUCUGCAUUAACAGAGUUGAUGACAAAUUGAUGAAUUUCAUUAAUAAAGAGACAUUGUAGGGUCACAGAGAAUAGGCAGCAUGUAUAACAACAAACAGUCAUCUUCCAAAUAUUUUUCAAACAAACAUUUUGUAGGGUCCUAGAGAAUGGGCAGUAUGUUUAAAUUUCUGUACCAAUUGGUACAAACCCAUUUACUCUUAUAUGAAGUAAUAGGUUAAUUGCAUGCUUAGAUGUGAAGUGAACAUUUUUAUUGUGGCAGGAAAGGAGAUUAUGGAAGACGGCAAUGGAGAUUCGUUGUUGGAAUGUGAUAAUGAGAAUGUUGUAGAGAAUUUGAACACAUUGGAUAGCGAAAAUAUAGGAGGAGAUGAUGUGACCGUAGCUGUGGUGGGUAUGAUGUUCAACGAUGAGAAAGAAAUGUUUGAGUUUUAUAAAAGAUAUGCUUAUGCCGUAGGAUUUCUGGUGAGAAAAAGGAAUUCCAAAAAAGGGGAAGAUGGAGUUAUGAGAUAUGUGACGUUCACAUGGAGUCAUGAAGGUCGAAGAAGUUAUGCCACAAGCGGAUCCUUGAAGCCUCAACCAACAAGUCAAACAGACUGUAAAGCAAGGAUAUCUGCAUCUUUAGAUAUUCUUGGAGUUUGGAGAAUUAAUAAAGUACACCUCGAUCACAACCAUAAAACGAGUCUUUCGAAGUCUAGGUUAUAUUGAUGCAACCGAAAAUUGAGUGCAAAUUUGAAAAUGAAGCUUGAAGUGAACGAUAUGGCAAGCAUUUCGUUGCACAAGAUUUAUAACUCCGCAGUUGUGGAAGCUGGUGGAUACGAGAAUACAACUUUUGUGGAAAAGGAUUGUCGGAACGACGUGGAACAAGUCAGACGAUUACGACUUGGAAAAGGAGACGCCCUCGCAAUACAGGCAUACUUUUCAAAGAUGCAAGCACGGUGCUCGGAAUUUUUCUUUAGUAUGGACUUUGAUGAGGAGUGUCGGCUAAAGAAUGUUUUUUGGGCAGAUCACAGAUGUAGGCAGUCUUACAAGGAAUUCGGUGAUGUCGUCACUUUCGAUACUACCUAUUUGACUAAUAAGUACGACAUGCCGUUUGCCCCUUUUGUUGGGGUGAAUCAUCAUGGACAGUCCAUAUUAUUGGGCUGCGGACUGUUAUCGAAUGAGGACACUGGGACUUUUGUGUGGUUGUUUAGAAUAUGGUUUGAGUGUAUGCAUGGACAAGCUCCUAAUGCAAUUUUUACUGAUCAAGAUCGGGCAAUGCAAAAUGCAGUUGAUAUUGUUUUUUUGAACACGAAGCAUAGAUGGUGUCUGUGGCACAUUAUGAAGAAGUUGUCAGAAAAGUUCGGAUAUCACAUUCAGAAGAGCUCGAUAUUUUCUGCAAUUCAUGAAUUGGUGUAUGAUUCCGACAAUGGUCAAGAAUUCGAAGAAGGUUGGAGGUUGAUGCUCGAAACAUACGAGUUACAUGAUAAUGAUUGGUUAGCUAGGUUGUAUGAGAACAGAGCUCGUUGGGUGCCUUGUUUGUUGAAACCCACCUUCUGGGCAAGCAUGUCUACUUCACAACAAAGUGAGAGUAUGAAUGCAUUUUUGAUGGUUAUGUGCAUUCGAAGACCUCACUGAAGCAGUUCGUCGAGUAGUACGAGAGAGCACUACGAAAUAAGGUAGAGAAGGAGUUCCGGACUGAUUUCAAAUCGUAUUCUCAAAUGGUACCAUGUGCGACGCUUUUCGAAAUGGAAAAGCAAUUUCAAGCAGCUUAUACCAUUUCAAAGUUCAAAGAAGUUCAGGGUGAGAUCACUGGGAAGGUAUAUUGCGACGUUAUAUCUGAAAGUGCAAAUGAUUACUAAUGGUCGACUUAUGAUGUUCAUGAGCAUGUCGCACUUCAUGAUCACCAGAAGAUGAAAACUUUUACCAUGUCAUUUCGGAGGGAUACGUGCGAAUUGAUUUGUAGCUGCCACCUAUUCGAAUUUUGGGGAAUCAUUUGUAGGCAUGCGAUUGCGGUCUUGUUUCGUAAUAAAAUUUUCUCGAUGCCUCAUCGGUAUAUAAUAAAGAGAUGGAGAAGAGAUGUCAGUAGAGCACACACUAGGAUCGCAGUAAACUACGAUGGACUGGCAAGUACUCUUGGACAGCUUAGGUAUGACGAAAUGUGUCAGGCUUUUUCGGAGGUGGCGGACCUUGCAGCAGACGAUGAGGGACGGGCAUGUAGUGUAAUGGAGUGGAUAAGAUCGCAAGCAAACGAAUUGUGGAUUACAAAGUCAAGUAUAGGGAGCACUGGUCAGAUCCAAAUGGCAAGUAGCAAUGCGCACCUAUUAGAUCCAGCAUCGUGUAAACGAAAGGGAGCACCGAGGAAAUUUCGGAGGAAAAGCCCAUUGGAGGCCAGCUCAAAUAGAUCAAAGGCCUCCGCAUCAUUGAGCAAAGGAAAAAGACCUACAGUUCGAUGUAGUAAUACAGAAGAGACGUCAAUCGAUGUUCAGGCAGCUCAACUUCCACAACGUUCUAUGCCGACGCCAUUGCAAUGUUUCAUUCUGCCGACGCCCCCAAAUGUUGCACUUAAUGCUCAAGGUCUAGUCAUGCCAUACUUGUAUCCACAUUUGCCCGAUUAAGGUGGCACGGGCAUGUGAUUCUCGCUCGGAAGAGGUGCAAGCAUUUCGAAAUUGGUGGAGACGAAAAAGGAAAUGGAGCCUCUCUUUCUAGGCGUGCUUCUGUGGGAAUUGAGAAGGAAUUUGUUUUGGAAUUUGUUUUGCUAUUGUAAAAGUCCCCAUCUAAUACACACUUUUUUUUUGUUAUUUUGAAAGCUAAACAUCAAAUUGUUUGUCGUUGUGAGUAUUAUGACUUCAAAUGAUUAUGUUUGUAAGAGUUAAUACCGUUUAUUACAUAGACCUAAUUACAUAUGUUCGUAAGAGUUAAUACCAUUUAUGGGAUUUAUGGCAAAUAUUUUGUA